AUGAUGAUGAUGCGCCGUGUGAUGUGUGUGUUGGCCGUUGUGCUGUGCUGCCCCUGCGGGUAUACCAUGACGGCUGCUGCUGCUACUACUACCGCUGGACAACCGAAGGCGGUGAUGGCCAACUCUGUUUAUAGUAUUAGUGAUACGGCCCAGAUUCUCUUUGUUAACUUCGACCAUGAUAAGGCUUCUUACCGCAAGGACUGUGCGAAUAAUUCUGCUGCCCUUAUUAAUGGAAAAAAGUGUUCGGAGGUGUUAAAAUCUCUUGAAGCUAAACCUUCACCACCUCCAGGGAAUAACGUUCAACCAGGCUCCCAUAACAAUCCAGGACAACAGACAAGGGAAGAUGGAGGAGAUACAACGAUUGAAGGACAAGGGGACAGAAAUUUAGGGACGCAAGAGGGUGCAUCAAAAGAUGCUAGCAGUCCCCCUGAGUCUGCAAGAAAUAACCGAGAAACAGUUACUGAUGCGACAACAGCACAAAGUCAAAAUCAGGAGUCUAGUACAGCAUCACAGGUUAAUCAAGGAACACCGAGCAACACAUCUGAUAAUAACACUACACCUGGCAACUCUAAUUCUAACCAGCAACCAUCUUCUGCAGGGGCAAGUGCGACUGCCGCAUCAGAAUCACAAGAAAACAAUUCCACUACUCCGUCAAGCCACGAGAACACUACCACAGAAGCACCAACCACCACUCCAUCUCCUGCUCCUGUUCCUGUAACUGACUCACAGAUCAGCAAUAUCGCCUCCACUGUACAUAAGAACAAGGCUAAUGUUGACAGCAGUGUCAGUCCUGUGUGGAUGCGCACUGCAGCACCACUUCUGAUUGUGGCUGUGUUGUUCUCCGUUACUGUGUACUGA